AUGGCGUCUCCUUGUCUUCUGGCAGGAUACACCAAAAGCCCUACUGUCUUCAGCCAAAUCCUGACGAGGGACUUACAAAGUAUCAUACUUACCUCAGAUACGGCGCUCGUACAGUAUGUAGAUGACCUACUACUAGCAUCACGGACUCAGGUAAGCUGCAGGACGGACACUUUAAGACUAUUAGAAGGAUUAGCUGAAAGAGGACAUAAAGUAUCCCUGGGAAAGUUACAGUAUUGCCAAAAGAAAGUUACAUACCUGGGGCAUGUGAUCUCAGAGGGACUGCAGGAAUUGUCUGAUGAAAGAGUGAAGGCUAUAAAAGACUUGCCAAAGCCUACCACCAAAAGACAUAUGUGAGCCUUUUUAGGAGCAGCCGGAUUUUGCCGGCCGUGGAUCCCUACUUAUGGAGAGAUGGUUAAGCCUCUGGUAGAGACCACUCGGAAAGGAAAACCUGAAGUGGUUCAGUAGACCCCCGAGCUAGACCAUGCUUUCCACCAAAUUAAACACCAGCUAUUGCAAGCCCCUACUCUAGGACUCCCCAACUACGAGAAGCUGUUUGUGUUGUUUGUCCACGAAAGACAGGGAGUCCUAACCCAGAAACUGGGACCUCAGCUACGCCCAGUCGCUUGUUACUCUGCCACCUUAGAUCCAGUGGCAAGAAGAGUAGUCAGCUAUCUGCGCGCUGUUGCAGCGGCAACACUGCUUGUUGAGCGAUCAAAAGAGCUAGUCAUGGAGUACCCCCUUGAAGUCAGAGUUCCUCACGAAGUCGAAGCCCUAAUGACUAAUGAAAAGACUCAAGCCUUCUCUCACCAGCGUUUAGCCCGGUACGAAGUGACUCUGUUAGCUGCUGAGAACAUGCGCAUCUCACGCUGUACUAGCCUCAACCCGGCCUUGCUUCUGCUUCAUCCCGAGGAUGGAGAGCCACAUCACGACUGCUGCACCGUCGUUCGCAUGAUGGAAAAGCCCCGAGACGACCUCACUGAUGUGCCCCUGAACAAUCUUGACUUAGUCUUCUACGUGGAUGGGUCUUCCUAUAUAGAAGCUGGAGUUCGUCGGACCAGGUAUGCGGUCAUCACUGACUUCAACAUCGUUGAAGCAAAGCCCUUAUCUCCCCGGUUAAGCGCACAAGCGGCUGAACUGAUUGCUUUAACCUGUGCGUGUGAACUGGCAACCGGGAUGACUUUAAACGUAUACCCUGACAGUCAAUAUGCGUUUGGGAUUUGCCACUCCACUGGCAAUUAUGGAAACAGCGAGACUUCAUUACUUCUUCCAGAGCAAAGUUUGCGAACUCCACUCAAGUUUCUGAGCUCCUGGAAGCCAUUCAGAAGCCCAGACAGAUAG